CUAGCUAGAUUCAUGGAAGAUUUUGAGAACCCGAAGGUUGAAUGCCACUUUGACAGGUCACAUGUCAUGAAGAGGACCAGGUACCAGUUCCACUUGGUAAAAUGUAAGGCAUAUAAAAAAUUCCGAGACAGUGGCAGGCCGGUCUUUCACUGCAGGUGGUACUACUUCCACAUAUUCUUCACUCAGGAGAAGUUAGAGGAGCACGAGGUGCAUUGACCUUGGAAGGCAGAAGAACCUGAGAGCCACGAUGAGUUAGGCCAAUGUGAAGAUGACAAAGAUCAGCAUGAAGAAGAGAAAGCUGCAACCUCAGAUCAUGGCUGUGAGGAGAGGGCAAACGGAGGCUGGGAUAGUGAAGAAGAUGAAUUCAAGCCAGGAAAAACAGGCGAUCCUUGGGCUGGAAGUUGGGAUUUGCCAGUUGGAGAAUCGGAGAAAAAGAACCAUGAGCUUGAAGAAGAAAAGGAAAUUACCCAGGACGCUCAAGAAGCAAAAGAGAUUACUGACUUGAUAGAGAAUCUUGACUUUGAUUCAUCAGAUUCUGACACUGAGAAUUCAUAAAUAUUUCAUAAUUUUGACAAUGU